GGAAACUUUCCACAAAUUAAUUUUGUUAUUUUGAUAAAGCAUGUUUUUUUUUGUUUGAUAACUAUUGAUGUGAGCUCUAUAUAAAUUGAAAUUUACCAUUACCUACGUUUAAUCAUCCCACAAAGUACAAGCAGUGGGAGUAGCCAGAUUAAACAAGAAAUAACGACAACAAUGUCUACCAGUACCAGCCAACGAGUCCUAGACAAUUGUUUUUUUCAGAAGCUGUCGAGAAACUUGGAUUUAGAAUCAGUUCAGUGUAGCUCGCAGCAACAUCAACAAACAAAAAUAAAAAAAAAAUGGCUUCGUCUUCUUCAUCGUCACCAUCUAGCAAACACACCCUAGAUACAUUGAGCAGUGAGGUUGUGAAGAAAACCAUAGUGGUAAGUAGACUACUUAAAACAGAAGGAGACUUCAAAAUUCAUACUCGUUUACUUAAAAAAAACAUCAAACUUAUUAGUAAUGCUUUGAAAAAUAAAUCCGGUAUACAUAGUUACGAUAAAGUUGAAACUAAUUUGGCUGUUUUAAAUUACUAUUCGCAAAUUUUUAAAUUUCAAUCCAAAACUAAUAAAAGUUCAAAUAAAAGAAAAUUAUUUUGGCAGGAUUUAGAAUCUUGUUUCAAUGGUCGAAUCAAAACUGGAAUCAUCAAGAAUUUGAAAUUUAAAGAACCUCAAGAAUUUCUUAAACGGGCUUUUCGGGUCUUUUCUUCCAGAAUUAAAAAAGAACUGAAAAAUUCUUUGCUAAAAGUAAAUGUAGUCUUUGCAGGUUUAUUUAUAAAACCUCAAACCUUGGAAAAGUCUGUGAAACAUUUUUCAACUAAAAAUUGUGUUAUUGAUAACAAUACAAAUUUCACUGAUUGGUUCAGGGCAAAUGUGAUUGAGAGAAUUUUAGUACAAUUGGAGGAAUUUCAAGAAAGAGACAGUGGUUGGGCUUUGUAUGAAAUUUGGUAUAUCAGAGUGAACAUCAAUUCCUAUAAUCCAAUUAGCGUGGGUUUAUCCACCUAUGUAGAUUUACCAAAAUUCAUCAAAGACACUAAAUGUGUCAUUAAUAUCAAAAAUAGUGAUGUCUAUUGUUUUAUUUGGUCUGUUUUGUGUGCACUGGUUCCAACGCUAAAGAAUAAAAAUGUUUCACGUUCUUCAACCUAUAAGCCUUUCUUGUCAAAAUUGAAAUAUGAAAAUAUUUCAUUUCCGAUAGCACUAAGGGACAUUCCAAAAUUCGAAUCUAUGAACAAAUUGGCCAUCAAUGUUUUUUGUAUAAAAAAACGAGAAAUUUUACCAUUAAUGCUGAGCAAAAUGAAACAUUAUACACAAAAAAUUAAUUUACUUAUUAUACCUUGUAACAGUGAACCAGUAAUUGAGGCACCCGAUUAUUUUAAGGACUCUCCACAAACGAUUUUUCAUUUUGCUUGCAUUAAAAAUUUGAACGGUCUUUUAAAUAAACAGCUUGGUAAUAUUCAUAACAAAAAAUGGAUCUGUGAGCGGUGUCUCAAUCAUUUCUAUACUGAAAAUGUACUAAAAAAUCAUUUGAAAGAUUGUCAACUGUUGAACGAAUGUAAACUGAGUCUACCCAGAGAGCAUGAACAAAUUUUAACUUUCAAAAAUUUUGCAAAUAAACUACCAGUACCGUUUGUCAUUUAUGCAGAUUUGGCAAGUAUGCUAGAAAAAUAUAUAGAUAAAAACUCUACACCUAAAUCGAAAAAAUAUCAAAAGCAUGAACCAUUUAGUAUUGCAUACUAUCUGAAAUGUACGUAUGAUGAUUCGUUAUCAGAAUUUAAGUUGUACACAGGGGAAAAAUGUCAAGAAUGGUUUGUUAGGGAACUUGGUGAAAUUGCGAACAAAAUACAGUCAGUAUAUUCAAAUGUUGUACCAAUGAAACCAUUAACUAGAGAAGAAAAGGAGCUGUACGCUGAGUCGACACUUUGUCAUAUUUGCUGUCAACCGUUUUCUAGAGAUGAUUAUAAAGUUAGAGACCACUGUCAUUUAACAGGAAACUUUAGAUCGGCAGCCCAUAAUUCCUGUAACUUAAAUUUUCAUGAUAAUAAUAAUCACGUGACACCUGUGGUGUUUCAUAAUAUUUCAAGAUACGAUAGACAUUUCAUAAUAAGGGCUCUCUGUACUGAAAUUCAGGGAAAAAUUCAGUUACUUCGUCUUAAUGAGGAAAAGUACAUUUCUUUCACGAAAUAUAUCGAAAACAACAAUAUCAGCUUUAGGUUUAUAGAUUCAUUUCGAUUUAUGGCAAAUAAAUUGGAAACAUUAGCAUCCUAUCUUGAUGACAAACAAAAAACAGUUACUAGGCAAUAUUACUCUGAUGAAACACAGUUUAAUUUGGUUACAAGGAAAGGUGUAUUUCCUUAUAAAUAUAUUGACUGUUGGGAUAAGUUACAGGAAAACAGUUUACCACCAAUACAGCAAUUUUUUAGUCAUCUCACGAACUCGACCGUUUCACAAGAUGAAUAUAGGCAUGCCUGUAACGUAUGGGAUACUUUUAAUAUCAAAUCAAUUCAAGAAUAUGCUGAACUGUAUUUGAAAACUGACGUCUUGCUUCUUGUCGAUGUGUUUGAGCAAUUUCGUAAAGUCUCUUUGGACACGUAUCAGUUGGACCCUCUGCAUUAUUACACUGCCCCCGGCUUUGCCUUUGACACUAUGCUGAAAAUCACUGGUGUGAAAUUAGAUCUUUUAACUGAUGUUGACAUGAUUUUGUUUAUUGAAAAAGGGAUAAGAGGAGGAAUUUCACAAUGUUCAAACAGAUAUGGGAAAGCUAACAAUAAGUAUAUGAAUGAAUAUGAUUCCAACAAACCAAGUACCUAUCUCAUGUAUUUUGAUGUUGUCAAUCUGUAUGGAGCAGCCAUGAGUUAUCCUCUGCCCACAGGUAACUUUGAGUGGAUUCAGGAUAUUUAUCAAGAAAACAACAUUUUUGAUAUACCCGAAGAUAGUGCAUUUGGUUAUAUUUUCGAGGUAGACCUUCAUUAUCCCAAAGAAUUAUUUGAUCUACACAUGGAUUUGCCGGUUUGUCCCGAACAUUUAGUUCCACCAAGUUCAGCGUCUACACUUCCCAAGCUACUAACAACACUGUACAAAAAAGAAAAGUACGUGAUUCAUUACAAAAUGUUGCAGCUAGUCUUGAAUUUGGGUCUCAAAAUUGAAAAAAUUCAUAGGUGUUUGAAAUUCAGUCAAUCGCCUUGGUUGAAAAAAUAUAUUGACUUGAACACAGAAUUGCAAAAAUUAUGCAAAAAUGAAUUUGAGAAAAACAAUUACAAGCUAAUGAAUAAAGCUAGUUUUGGCAAAACUAUUGAAAAUGUAAGAAAGUAUAAAGACGCUAAGUUGGUAACUAAAUGGGGUGGUAAAUUUGGCGCAAAUUAUUAUAUUUCGCAGCCAAAUUUCAACAGCUGUGAGAUUUUUGGUGAAGAUAUGAUAUUAAUUGACAUGGAUAGAUUAAAUAUAAAAUUUAAUAAGCCCAUUUAUAUUGGUAUGUCGAUUUUGGAUAUAUCGAAAACAAUUUUAUAUAAUUUCCACUACAAUUUUAUUAAGGACAAAUUUCAAUCUAAUGCAAAGUUAUUGUACACCGACACUGAUCGUUUAAUUUAUCAAUUUACGGGUGAAGAUAUCUAUCCUUGCAUUCGGGAAAAUAUCAACAUGUUUGAUACAUCAGACUACGCUCAUGAUAAUGUGUACAAUAUUCCACAAAAAAAUAAAGAAGUUUACGGUUUAAUGAAGGAUGAAAAUAAUGGAAAAAUUAUGACUGAAUUUAUUGGCCUGCGGUCCAAAAUGUAUUGUAUUAAAAUACAAGAUUACAGCAAGGUGUCUUCUUCCUCUACAGGCGAUACUGAUAUUAUUGUCAAAAAGGCCAAAGGUGUUCAGUCAAAUUCAUUAAAACUUAUUACAUUCGAUGAUUAUUACCAAAGCCUUUUCCAUAACAAAAUUCUUGAGGUUCCACAAAGUUUUAUUAGAUCGAAAAAACAUGAAGUCUUUACUAUGGAUCAAAUCAAAACAGCAUUAAGUCCCUCUGAUGACAAACGAAUUAUUAACUAUGUAUACACUGAUACAAUUCCGUGGGGCUACAAUGACUAGAUUUUUUCUUCUUGUGUUUUAAAAUUAGUCUACUUUCUUCUAUAUGGGGUUGUGAAUCAAUCUUACGUAAGUUACGCCUACAUCUAUCAAUACAAUUAUCAUUAUUAUUAUUUUUGUAUAAUUUCAGCCUGCCAAUUUAAUGAAAAGUUGGGAGUCUGCGUUUACAGACAAUGCUAGUUUUAAAUAUCCAACUGUUUCCAAUAUUAGACGCUGCACAUUAUUAUGAAUCGAAAUAAACCAACUUGACACAACAUAUCGUCGGUCUCAGGACAUAAGGCCAUAUCUCGAGAUAGGGCCAAAAUGAGUUAAGUUCAUAGAUAUGUUGUAUUUAGUGUAUACUUGUUUUUAGCCAAGGGUCUUACCUUGAAAUCAGGUAAUUUCGUUAAAAAAGUGAGAAAAUACAUGGCCCUAUGAAAUAUGAAUAGUUUUAUCACAGCAUAAAGGCGAAUAUUGAGACACAAACGUUAACUACUAUUUUGAAAUUUGGUAUUUGACAAAAAGCUUACAUGAGUUAUUGUUAAUAAUUCCAAAAAAAGAGACCAAAAAUCAGUAUAGUUCUUUGUAUUAUAUUG